CGUUCCAUAUUAGUGGGUGAACAAUCCAACGCUUGGUGAAUUCUGCUUCACAAUGAUAGGAAUAGCCGACAUCGAAGGAUCAAAAAGCGACGUCGCUAUGAACGCUUGGCCGCCACAAGCCAGUUAUCCCUCUGGAUUAAUUGUAGUGAUUCGUCUGGUUUAUGUGCAACGCCUAUUCCAAACGGUUUCAGUAGUCAUGCUGUAGUUUUCGAUAAACAUGGUUUUCGUUAUGAAGCGAACAAUAGGCGUUGGUUAUGCUGCAGUUGAUAAUUCUAUAUUCGUUAAAGAAAAUAUUGAAAUGUUUUUAAGUUGCGUAAAAGCUAUUUGUGUUGGUCUUUUAAAUGCAUAUCGAAAUCCAUCUUCUUCUUCUUGUACUUUUUACUACAAUUACUCAUUAGGUGUCUUUUUUCUACCUAUAAUGAAUUUUUUCGUCUUAUUUCUACUCACUUGUUGAUUAGUUUAAAAUAUCCUGUUAUUUUAAUUAUCUAUAUGUAAUAAUUAUGUCUGUUAAGGAUUUCACUGCUUUCAUAUUCAUAUUUUAUAUGAUCAAGUAAAUAUGAAAUUAAUUCAACAAUGGUACUUAUGUGUCAGUAGGUA